CCCCCCCCGCCUUCCGCCCGGCGCGGGCUACGGCGUGACGGUCGCGGCGUUUCAGCGUCUCGUGGCCUCUGCGGCGCCCGAGCCCGCGAUGUCGGGCCCCAAUAUGGGAAUGCCGGUGGUACCGAGCACGGAAGACGAGGAUGACAGCUUCGGGGAAGCAGUUUACGCUGCCAUCAACUCCAUGUUGGACCAGAUCAACUCCUGCCUGGACCACCUGGAAGAGCAGAACGACCACCUCCACGCCCGCCUCCAGGAGCUGCUGGAGUCCAACCGGCAGACGCGCCUGGAGUUCCAGCAGCAGCUCGGGGAGGACCCCGACGACGAUGACGACGACGACUACGACUACGACGCCAGCACUUAGGCUCCGGGAGCCUCCAGGCAGCCCUCACCCUGCCUCCAGGGCCAGGCUCCAGCCUGGGCACUCACCACCCGAUUAGAUGCCUUCUCCAGGGCUGGCCUACAGGUCCCCUGGCGGCUCUGCCUGCCUGAGCCGCUCUUCAGAUUCUCCCCUCGGCGUGUACGGGCCACCUCCCACCACCCAGCCUUCCCUCCUGGCGUCGGGUGUGGGCCUGCAACACCCCCACCUUGCCUGCCUGUCCCACUCCCGGGCACGCUCCGCUCUGCCCAGGCCUUGAAUGUCCACAUUAAAUGUGUCUGCGCCUCUGA